AUGCCGGAGGUUCAACUUAACAACAGAAGUGACAGACGCGUAGCACAAAGAUUUGACGCCAAGAGACAAAGUAAGCGGGAAAAACAAAUGAUAAAGGCGUCUCCAAAUGCAAGUAAGUACAAUGGAAAGAAAAAUCGCAAAAAAGUAUCCAGACAAUCCCAAAUCGCUACCACGACACCCAUCGCUUCCGUGAAGCCGCGUGUUACUACUCCUUCUGGUGAUACCAGUGUGCCUGUUGAGAUGUCACUCGUUCACCAACAGCCAGCAAAACAACAAAGCGGUCAAGAACAUGACAGCAGCUUUGAAACUGAAACAAAUUUACCAGUACAAGAGCAAGCUGUAUUUGAGUUGGAAGAGGAGCAGAUGCCAGAAAUACUUGAUGAAGAAGUAUUUGACGUAGAAGAAGAAACGUCUACUGAAGGAGAAGAUACAGUUGAAAAGGAAGUGCUUGCCGACAAGUCAUCAAUCAUUUCAACUCCAAAAGAAGAGCUCAUCAUGGAGACUACUUCAAGCCUGGAGAAUGAAAAAGACAAUCAAGCAGUUGACAAUAAGGUCAAUCAAAAGCAAGAUGACGGGCUCUCAGAUAAAAAUAUUACUGCGCAGCAAGAAGAACCCCGAUCAAAUGAAUCGGCUGAUACUGUUCAAAAAUCGUCUCAGGCUAGCAAGAACGACACCAUCCAAAACAAGCAAAUGAACAAGGAGUCUUAUCCUACACAGUGGUUUGUAUUUCCAGAGACAGAUAUUACAAACAGCCCUGCUGUAUCCAUCGAACUCACAACGGUGUCUCCCACAAAAAAGAAGAAUGUUAUUUUGCGCCUUUUCAAAAAAUCAGCAGCUCAUAUCAUCGAGAAAAACAAGCGAGUGAAGAAGGAGUUACUUCAUACAAAGCAGCUUGUGUUUUCCAAAAAAGAUAUUACAAACAGCUCUGUCGCAUCCAUCGACCGUACUAAGGAAUCUCCCGCAAAAAAAACGAACAUUAUCUCGCGCCUUUACAAAAAAUCAGUGAAAGCGUGUGAUAUGUUCAUCAAUGACCAAAUCCAAUUAAUUGGUAAAGCCAAUCGUAUUGGUAUUAUUUCAAACAAAAAAACCAACCCCAAGAAAUCCUUCAAGAAUCUCUUGAAAAGAUAA